AUGGCGGCGUUGGUGACCGAGGCCCGUGUGCUUGAGGGUCCCGGCGCCUCCGGGGAUAGGCGCCCGGCUCAGGAGCUGAGUCAGGCGGUGAGCCGCCUGCUGCCGGGCUUAGAAGCCGAGAGCAAGUUGAGCCGGCGCCGGGCCCUGGAGGGUCUUCAGCGUGAGCUCGAAGAAGGAGCCCCGCUGCCUCCCAGUGCCGACUUCCAGGAGCUCUUUGGCCGCUUGCUGCUGUCACGCCUGCUCCGGUGCCUGGGAGACCCGGCUGAGAAGUGCCGGGCCCUGGCCGUGCAGCUCCUCCGCCUGGGUCUGAGCCACGGGGCCCGGCCCCAGGACGCGCUGCCGCAGCUCAUUCCCGCUCUCACGCAGCGCCUGGCCGGCCGCUCCGGGCAGCUGGUGGAACCCUGCGAGGAGCUGCGCCUGGCGCUGGUGGAGCUGCUGAGCCUCGUGGUUCAGCUGUGUGGCCGCGGCCUGGCCCCGUACCUGGACGAGAUGGUGCGCAUCCUGCAGAAGACCAUCGUGGACCCCUUCCCGGAUGUCAAGAGGGAGAGCUGCAAACUCGCGGGGGACUACCCGCAGAGCAUCCCAGAUCAUUUCCAUAUGCAGUCAGAGUCUUUAAUCGCUCCUCUCAUGCAAACGAUUUCUCACCAGCACUCCAAGGUCCGAGUGGCUGUGAUUCAGGCCACGGGGUUGGUGAUACAGUUUGGGAAUGCCAAGUCAGUGGAUGAUGUUAUUUCUCAUUUUGCACAAAGGCUAUUUGAUGAUGUCUCCCAGGUUCGAUAUGCUGUGACCUCUGUUGUUGGAAACUGGCUAUUACAUUUAAGAGACAGAUAUUCAUUCUUUCAUAAGCUAAUUCCAUUAUUAUUAAGCAGCUUUGAUGAUGAAAUACCUGAAGUCACGGAGUUGGCUGUCAGCCUCUGGGAGAAGAUAGGCCUACAGUGGCAAAAAGAAAAUGAGGAUGAUCUGAAGGAUAAGCUUGAUUUUGCUUCUCCCCCACCAUCUCAUUACCCUAAAGGAGUGACUCGUCCAGUAUUGGGAUGUCGGGAACUUAUUUUCAGAAACCUCUCCAAAAUUCUCCCAGCCAUCUGUAAUGAUAUAACAGAUUGGGUUGUAGGAAACAGAGUAAAAUCAGCUCAGCUGCUGGCUGUAUUAUUACUCCAUGCAGAAGAUCACAUUACCCAGCACUUAGAAGUGGUGCUCAGAACCCUCUACCAGGCCUGCUCAGAUGACGAAAAGUCUGUGGUUAGCAAUUGUAUAAAAUCAGCAGAAUUGGUUGGAACAUUUGUCAACCCUGAGGUGUUUCUGAAGUUAAUCUUCCCAGCACUGAAAAAAUCAAUUCGUCCAUCUUGUCUUAUGGUCUUGGCUGCAGUUACUAGAGGCUGUUCAAGACAAUCCCUUAAACCUCAUCUAAAUAACAUUGCCAGCUUCCUGUCACAGACGCAGAUUUGUCAAGGCUCUGAAGAUAGCCAUUAUAUGGAGCAGUUGCUUUGUUGUGUACAAGCAUUAAUCCAGGUGGGUCAGGAAGAUUGCAAAGAAUCAAGUUUGCAGCUCAUGGAAGUUCUGGUGACAGUAGGUGCUGCAGGCAUUUCUGAAAAGGUUCAGGAGACAAUGAACUUAUUAGCUCAGAUGCAGAAAUAUGAUGGGACCCUGGAUCUCUAUCAAAAGCAUAUGGACCACCUUAUGGAAUGGCUCACUUUAUCACAUCAGGACUGAAACUGUCAUUCAGUGGAAUUACUACAGUUUGAAGUAGUUGUCAUUCAUUCAGGUCCUGUAUUAGGUAAAGCUCUUAAUUACUUCAUUCCUAUCAUUAAGACAUGUCUUCAACCAACCAAAGAUCCACAAAUGCGCCUAAAACUCUUCACAGUCUUUUCGCAAGUGCUUCUAAAAGCAAAAGAUACUGUGAAUGCACACCAGGAGUUUCAUGACUACCUUGAGACAGUGAUAAAAGACAUAUUGGUUCCUAAUCUGGAGUGGCAUGCUGGAAGAACUGCAGGUGCCAUUCGCACUACAGCUGUAUCGUGCCUUUGGGCUCUUAUUCACAGUGAGAUACUUUCAUCAAAACAGAUAAUGGAAAUACAAGAAGUAUUGAUGCCUCAAAUUAUUAAUACACUGGAAGAAGAUUCUAAAAUGACUCGAUUAAUGUCAUGCCGUAUUAUUAACAUAUUUUUAAAGGCCUGUACUGACACAAUUGAUCCAGAUAAAUUCAUCAAGAUUUAUCCAGAACUCUUGAAACGUCUGGAUGACUCUUCAAAUGAAGUACGAAUUGCAGCUACAAGUUCCUUAAUUAGCUUGCUUAAAUGUAUCAAAAAUGAUGAUGAGAAAUCCUAUUUAAAAAGCAAUAUGCAAUUUCUUUACAAAGAACUGUUGGUCCACCUUGAUGACCCAGAUAGUACCAUUCAGGAUGCAGUAUUAGGAGUUUUAAAGGAAGGAAGUAUUCUAUUCCCAAACAUACUCAUGGAAGAAGUUGAAGCUGUUAAAUACAAACACCGAUCUCUAGUUUAUUGUGAACAGCUUUUGCAACACAUCCAGUCAACUAGAAGUGUCCUCUAAAUGCAAGAUUCUAGAAAUAAUGGAUUUAUUGCAAUUUUUUGAAUUGUAGGUUAGUGUCAGAUUUCUCCUUUUUUUGGACAUUAGUUGAAGGUACUU